UUGGCAAUGGUUGUUGCCCCUAGAAUACGUUGGUAACGCCUGUACUAGGUCAUACGUAAGCACUUUGCACGUGUGUUGGGGAGGUUUGUCCAGAAAUUUCACAUUUCGUAAAUAUCGGUAGGCAGAUAGCCAUGGCGAUGUAUAAUUUUAAGAGGAUAGCAGUGGUCCCACCAGCAAAGGACUUCGUUGAUAUUAUUCUUUCUAAGACGCAGCGUAAAACACCGACAGUGAUCCACAAACAUUAUAAGAUAUCUCGCAUUCGUCAGUUCUACAUGCGCAAAGUGAAAUACACUCAGCAGAACUUUCAUGACAGGCUUUCUCGGAUUAUACAGGAAUUUCCGAAGUUGGAUGACGUACAUCCAUUUUAUGCAGACUUGAUGAACAUCCUGUAUGAUAAAGAUCAUUAUAAGCUGGCUUUGGGACAGUUGAACACUGCUAGACACCUUGUAGACAAUGUGGCAAAGGAUUAUGUUCGCCUUUUGAAGUUUGGAGAUUCUUUGUACCGUUGUAAGCAACUGAAAAGAGCUGCCUUGGGUCGGAUGGCAACUAUAAUGAAACGUCAGAGCCAGAACUUGCAGUACCUGGAGGAAGUACGUCAGCACCUUGCCCGUCUCCCAUCUAUUGACCCAUAUACCAGAACCAUCAUCAUCUGUGGUUUUCCAAAUGUUGGAAAAUCCAGCUUCAUCAAUAAGAUUACACGAGCUGAUGUGGAGGUUCAACCAUAUGCAUUUACAACAAAGUCACUCUAUGUAGGCCACAUGGACUAUAAGUAUCUUCGCUGGCAGGUGAUUGAUACACCUGGAAUAUUGGAUCAUCCACUAGAGGACCGUAAUGUGAUUGAGAUGCAGGCAGUGACAGCACUUGCUCACCUGCGUGCUGCAGUGCUGUACGUGAUGGACCUCUCUGAGCAGUGCGAUCACAGUCUUGAAGAUCAGAUGAAGCUGUUUGAAAGCAUUAAGCCCCUCUUUGUGAACAAGCCAUUAUUGGUGGUACUGAACAAAGCAGACAUAGUGAAGUUGGAAGAACUGAGCCCCGAGAAGCGGGCUCUGUUGGCACCCCUCGAGUCAGAGAACAUUCCUGUUAUGGAGAUGAGCACAGUUGCAGAGCAGGGCGUCAUGGAAGUGAAGCAGGAGGCAUGUGAGAGACUUCUUGCAUACAGAGUUGAGAUGAAAGUGAAAACAAAGAAGGUGGAAGGUGUCCUGAACCGUCUGCACGUUGCCUUGCCGGCAUCAAGAGAUGAGAAAGCUCGCCCACCCUGUAUACCAGAGAAUGUGCUGAAACGUCGUCAGGAGGCUGCCACACGUGGAGUGAAGCGUAAGCUGGAGAAGGAUAUUGAGGAAGAGAUGGGAGAUGAUUAUAUUCUAGAUCUUAAGAAGAACUAUGACUUACCAGAUAGUUAUAAGUAUGACAUCAUUCCUGAGAUCUGGGAAGGACACAACAUUGCUGACUACAUAGACCCAGACAUGUUUGAGAAACUGACACAGCUGGAAGCAGAGGAGGUGGCACGUGAAGAGGCGGGUUACUAUGCAGUGCCCAAGAUAGAGAUGGAUGAGACCCUGAAAGAGAUUCGGGAGUUGGCACGUCAAAUCCGGGAUAAGAAAAUCAUCAUGAGGCAGGAGCGGGCCAUCGUGAAGAACUCCACUAAGCCUGUUGUACCCCGAACAGCUCCUGCCAAGGUUCGUGGCCGUAGUGUGUCACGCCUUUGUUCUGAGAUGGAGCAGCUUGGAGUAGAUAUGUCUGAUACCAGUGGUGCCCAUUUCACCAGGACUCGAAGCAAGGUCCGUUCUGUGUCUCGUCCUCCAUUGAAACGCAUGCGGGUUGAUUCGGAAGGUCGGUCCAGGAGUAUGUCUCAACCACCCAGAGAUGAGAUGGGCAUCAAGGACAUUGCUAUGAAAAAGAAGUUGAAGAAGGCUGCCCAUAAAGCAAUUGCAAAGAAGGUUGGCAAGAAAGGUCUUAAGGGUGAAGCUGACAGAUUCAUUGGCACCAAGAUGCCUAAGCAUUUGUUUUCUGGAAAGCGUGGUAUUGGCAAAACUGAUCGUCGAUAAUGUACCAUUGUUAUAAUAUUAAAGAUGUUAUUUUUCUUUCAUUG